AUGUUCAAUGAGGAUGAGAAGCUGGUUUCGGAGGAAGACGUCAUGGUGCAACGGAUGGCAGAGAUGGAGGAGCGGCUUCAUCAUGCCGAGAUGAUCAACCGCGAGAGACGACACGAUGUCAUCCUCCUCAGCAACCAACUUUCCAAUCUAGCCGAUAAGCGAAGAAAGGAUGCCGGAGACCGGGAUUCUCCUGGUUCCACGCCGAGGGGGUGCAAAAAGACUGGGAAACAGCAAGCUUACGGCGAUGGAGGAAGUGGUCCAAAGCGAGAAAUGCUAGGACUCCACCCGAUUCUAGCUAAUUUCUCCAAGAGUAUCGACUUGUCUGUUCCACAUAUUUUCUACUAUUUACCGCACUUGCUCAAACACCCUGAGAGUCUCCAGCCUGCAUUCGCCUUGUCACAGGGCAGACGUGGAGUUUCCAUAGUCAUGGGGAUCCCCACCGUCCAGAGAGAAGUCCAGAACUAUCUUUUGUCCACCCUGAAUAAUCUCAUCUCCAACAUGGAUGAAGCCGAAAUGGAUGAUGUUGUUAUUGUCGUGUUCGUUGCAGAGACUGAUGACUCCUAUUUGAAGGAAAUCAGUAAUGAUAUCAUGCAAAACUUUCACAAGCAUGUUGACUCAGGAUUGUUGGAAGUGAUAGCUCCUUCACGUUUUUACUACCCAAAUUUGGAUGAUCUCCCUCCAACAUUGGGAGACCCUCCUGAACGGGUGAAGUGGCGGACAAAGCAGAACCUGGAUUUCAUGUUCCUCAUGAUGUACGCUCAAUCCAAGGGCACUUACUAUGUCCAACUGGAAGAUGACAUUGAGACCAAGAAAGGUUAUGUCACAUCCAUGAAGAAUUUCAUUCACAAACAAAAUGCAGUCAUUGAUCCAAAGCAAGGCAAAAACUGGAUGAUCCUUGACUUUUGUCAGCUUGGGUUCAUAGGGAAGCUGUUCAAAAGUGUGGACCUUCCAGCUUUAGUUAACUUCCUCAUGAUGUUUCAUAAGGACAAGCCCUCUGAUUGGCUUCUUGACAAUUACAUCCAGACAAAGCUGUGUCGCUUUGACAAAGAUCAGAAAUAUUGUCGAAAAAUGAAAAACACCAUGUGGAUCAACCACAAGCCAUCACUCUUUCAACAUGUUGGUACUCAUUCUUCCUUGUCUGGCAAAGUCCAGAAACUAAAGGACAAGCAAUAUGGGAAAACAUCAUCAUUCAAAGCUCACCAGAAUCCCCCAGCAACAGUGGCAACACAGAUCAAACCAUAUAAAGGCCAUGACCUUGUUGGGGCAUAUAGGGGAACAACAUUCUUUUGGGGUCUCCUUCCUCAAGCAGGAGACACUCUCAAUUUCACCUUUGAUCAUCCAACUGCUCUGAAGAGUUACUUUUUCCAAAGUGGAAACUCUGAGCAUCCUCUGGAUCGCUUCUACAACACAACCAUUGAAGUUCUGCCAGAAAAGAUAUCCAUGGAAGGACAGUGGAAUAUAACCACUGAUGGAUUCAUCAUUCUUGGUGAUUUCAACUCAUUAGGAGUGGCUACAAAGCCAAUCCCUCCAGAACUGAAUCCUAUCAAAGCAGUGCGAGUCAGCAUUCAUUCUGAUAGCAACAAAUGGGUGAUACUAAGUGAGAUAUUCCUGGAAGAGAUGCCAAAGGGACAGAGGUGACUGGGAACAUUCAUCAACCAGAGUGCUGUUGCCAUCAUGAUCCUAGGUGCUAUUUAUCAUUCAUCAUCAAGAGGUUCCUUCCUAAGCCUCUAUGUGAUAAGGAUUCAACCAUGUAUUCUGCUUUCCAGUCUCGUAUUUUAGAGAAGAAAAAAAAACAGGACAAGCCCCAAGUGUUCCUUCACAAGCAUAAAAUUAUAGCUUUUUCUUGGUUUCCUUCCUUGGGAGUGAAGUCACAGGGGAAGUUUGAUGACAUCCCAUACAUUGCAUAAUUAUGUUCAUCAUUGUCUAGUCCUUGAAAUUUGGGCCUCAGUGCCAUUGUGAUCUCAGACGUCCCAAACUGCUACAGUAUGAUGUUUUUACUUGAAGAAUUCUCAGUUCUUACUUUUUCUUGCACAAAAACUCUGUUUAUUCAUUCUUAAUGAUGGUAUUAUCAAGAAACUGUAAUUGCAGCUGUGUCUUCAUUUAUGAUCAACUCUCAUUUAUCCUGAUUUCAGGGGACCAGACAGUCUUGUUGGGAUUUAUGAUCUUCUGGAUUAUUGAAAACCUGACCAAAUGAUCACUCACUUUUCUUAUCUUCUUUUGGAGAUGAAAAAUCAACUCAUUGUAGUCCAAUUUGUCUUACUUUCUUCAGGACUUUUUUUGUGCUUGAUAAAGGAAACGAGCAACAAUUUCUUUUUGUCUUUGCAAGAGUGGACCUCCAAAAGAGGAAGUUCCUUGGUUUUUUUCAGUAGCUUUCAUGUUCCAUCUAGGAAGGUAGAAUUGACAAUAUGAGACCAUGGCCCUGGAGCAGGAGAUUUUUUCAAAGUAAAAGCUGCAGAUUAUUAAGAUUUUCAUUUGGAUGAAUGAGAGUUGACUGUAUGAUAUUGGCACUGUUAUUCUCAUUGCAACAAGAAGGCAUAGUAGU